CACCAUUUCAUUACUUUCUGCCAAAAAUGAAGCACCUUGCUAAGCGCCCGUUCUCAGCUGUGCGGCCUAGGGUCCGUUGCAACGCUGCGACCACAUCGACGACAACAGCUGCGGCCCCUGCCAAAGCUGCCGACCUGAAGCUCUGGAAGCCCAUUAAUCUGACCAAGAACAGCCUUGUCGGUGCCCAGGGCGGCGAGACCACCCGGAACAUCGACGGUGUCGUAUAUCACGUGUCGUACGAUGCGCCCUCGGACGCCAUUGUUGUGGUCGACCGCAAGCAUGGCCUGCGCUUCCCGGCCGCGAUCGACGAUCAGAACCGUAUUCGAAUCGACGCCGGCAGUCCGCUUCCACACGCGGUGCGGGGCUUCAGCUUGGAGGCUUACCAACCCAUCCUACGUGCCAACUCACGCGGCGCCGAAACCAUUAACGGUCGCGUUGCCAUGGUCGGAUUCCUAGGCAUCGCACUUUCCGAGAUCCUCACCCACCAAUCUGCCGUACAACAACUUACGUCAGCUUCCGGAGCCACAGCCGCAAUCCUGGUGGGCCUUACAACGCUCGCCGCCUCAAUUGCUCCCGCCCUCGCGGGUCGAGUCCCGGCGGCCAAAGUGAUUGCGAGCGAGUACGACACCUACCCAGACGGGCCGCUGCCGUACACUUGGAAUGCGCUGGCGGAGAAGUUGAACGGUCGCGUUGCCAUGGUGGGCUUGCUGGGCCUUAUCCUGGCAGAACAGAUGGUGCUUGGUGGGGCGCCGUUGUUGUGAUUAUGGUCGUAUACGGCGUAUGAAUGAAUUUUGUUAUCUUUGACUCUUUGGGAGUUACUGUCUGGGGUGCCUGACGCAAGCAGGUUUCAGUUUUUAUGAAGGAGUGGGUUUUGGACAGGACCCUCUCGCCAUCCUUCACGACAACCGAGAGGUUUGACACAGUAUUGUCAGCUUCCCAUUGUCGCUCAUAGUGCUGCGGCAAGUGGAUGUUACGUGGCUGACGUCUUUGCAGCGUGUGCUGUAAACCGUACGUGAGCAUGCGAUUACGCUACUGAACGUUGUGAUUGCAAACCGUGAUACUAAGCCAACAACAAUUACGUAAACACGCAACGUUCAUGUCUUAACUGUAGAGGGGUGUUGAAUCACAGGAGGUAGCGCUGACGGGUGGACCGGGCCCACACAGAGACUAUUAGCCAGUGCCGCCCAUCAGCCCCAGCGGAAUGCCUUAUGCUAGGUAUGCUAGUUUUAUUGGUGGAAGGAUGUGUGCCUUCUAAAUGAGGUCCUGAGGGGUAAGCACAUGAGGUUGUUGUCGCAGGCUGUUGUAGUUAGGUAUUAGUCAUACAGGGUUACUCUGCGUACCGGUACCCACUACCUCCUCUCUGCUUACCUUGGGUGCCCAUUUGCGCUCUUGAAGGAGACAUAGUACCGUGUACUGUUGUAAGCACGCCCUUACAGUAACCAGCAAGCCAGGGAGGCUACAGCAUACAUGCUAUGAACGCAAGGUCCCGCAAGGUUUUGGUGUCAUGAAGACAG